AGAGGCCGGAAUCCGCCAGGGAAAAGAAAGAAUCUCAAUCCACCGCCGGGCCAGCCCAGCGGCUACUUUGCUACUAUUAACUCACUUAACUCACUACCCCACCUGGUGCCAUCCAUCGGAACAACUCUCUCCCUACCUCAUCGAUUCUCCCAAUCGGCCUCAUAACUUCCCCUUUACCUCCCCCGCCUUACCUCGUCUCGCUUCUUUCUACCAUCUUUCUUGUUUUCUUCUUUGUACGAGUGUUUAUCAUGGCCGACUUGCAGGGUCGCAAGAUCUUCAAGGUCUUCAACCAGGACUUUAUCGUCGAUGAGCGCUACAAUGUCACCAAGGAGCUGGGCCAGGGCGCAUACGGCAUUGUCUGCGCCGCGACAAAUGCUCACACUGGUGAGGGUGUCGCCAUCAAGAAGGUCACCAACGUCUUCAGCAAGAAGAUCCUAGCCAAACGCGCCCUGAGAGAGAUCAAGCUGCUCCAGCACUUCAGAGGUCACCGUAACAUCACUUGCUUGUAUGACAUGGACAUUCCCCGCCCGGACAACUUCAACGAAACGUACCUGUACGAGGAAUUGAUGGAGUGCGAUUUGGCCGCUAUUAUUCGCUCCGGACAGCCCCUAACCGAUGCCCAUUUCCAAUCCUUCAUUUACCAAAUCCUCUGCGGUCUCAAAUACAUCCAUUCGGCCAACGUUCUGCACCGUGAUUUGAAGCCUGGAAACCUUCUCGUCAAUGCGGACUGCGAGCUGAAGAUUUGCGAUUUCGGUCUGGCCCGUGGUUUCUCUAUCGAUCCGGAGGAGAAUGCAGGAUACAUGACGGAAUAUGUUGCCACAAGAUGGUACCGUGCGCCGGAAAUCAUGCUGAGCUUCCAGAGCUACACGAAAGCCAUCGAUGUUUGGUCCGUGGGUUGCAUUUUGGCCGAGCUGCUAGGUGGUCGGCCCUUCUUCAAGGGCCGUGACUAUGUCGACCAGCUUAACCAGAUCCUCCACUAUCUGGGUACUCCUAACGAGGAGACUCUGAGCCGCAUUGGCUCACCUCGUGCCCAGGAGUACGUUCGCAACUUGCCCUUCAUGCCUAAGAUUCCCUUCCAGCGCCUGUUCCCCAAUGCCAAUCCCGAUGCUCUCGAUCUGCUCGAUCGCAUGCUUGCAUUCGACCCGACAUCGCGUAUCUCGGUUGAGGAGGCCCUUGAGCAUCCUUACUUGCACAUCUGGCACGACGCCUCGGAUGAGCCCACCUGCCCGACAACCUUCGACUUCCACUUCGAGGUGGUCGAGGACGUGCAGGAGAUGCGCCACAUGAUUUAUGACGAGGUAGUGCGCUUCCGGGCUCUGGUCCGGCAGCAGUCGCAGGCGCAGGCCGCCGCGCAGCAGCAGCAGAUUGCCCAGCAGACCAAUGUGCCCAUCCCCGACAACCAACAAGGUGGAUGGAAGACGGAGGAACCUAAGCCCCAGGAAGCGCUCGCCGCAGGCGGUGGCCACCACAACGAUCUGGAAUCGUCGCUGCAGCGGGGCAUGGAUGUGCAGUAGGCCACUACUUGUUCCAGCCUGCCGCUGCCUUCUUCAAAUACAGUGUACAUGUGUUCAGAUUAAGACAAUGGUGGGGAGGAGAGGCCUGACUAUUUGAGACGGAUUAUAAUCAUUAUC